AUGCCUAUCCCUCAACACUUCCGUGAGGGAUAUCUUGAUAAUAUGGAAUUUUCGGCUUUUGACGAUGAAACUGCCACUGCUGCAAUAAAAUUCAAGGAUAUAGAACAUGUCUUGAGGCUGAUCAGUGCUAAAGAUCAUCGUAGGUUCAGGGAAAGGGAUACCCGCACUCUGUCUCAUCACCAGAUUAUAUGCAGAAAAGAUGUUAUGGAGGCGGCUGCUAAAGAGUUCACUGGAAUGGUUGCCACCAUCAUAAAUGGAAGACUGUGGAUGGGUUCUAUGGGAAGGUCCGAUUUAAAGUUGUAUGAGAAGCCAACAGAGUGA